AUGAGAUUCGGUCUUCCAGAUGACUUUGAGAUAUACGUUGAUACUCACCCACAUCCCAUUCCAAGUAUACAAGCAACAACAACUCCCAAUGAAUUGAUUCAACAUGUUCAAAUAUCUCAAUUAAUCCCACAAAGGGCGGCAUCACCAAUUGCAUUUCAAUUUUCACAAGUAUACGAUGCAAUUGAGGAUUAUGCUACACAAUUAAUCCAGAUGAAAGAAAUGGAAGAGACUAAUAGAAGAGCGCUACUUACGGAAAAGGUUAAUUUACAUAAUAAAAAAGCAGAAGUUAAUAUUGCAUCAUUGGUUGAUAAAACACUGAAUAAUCUAAAGGUACAGAAUGAACAUAUUCAAAGAGUGAUAUUUGUUGAAAAGGAGAGAAUACGUCGAGAGGAGGAACGAAGACGUCAAGAGGAGGAAGAACGAAGACGUAGAGAAGAAGAAGAACGAAAGCGCCGAGAAGAAGAAGCACGUAAACGUCGUGAAGAAGAAGAAAAGAAACGAAAGGAAGAAGAAGCUAGACGCAAAGCUAAAGAAGAAGAAGAAAAACGGAAACAGUUGGAAUUACAACAGAAGAAACAACAACAGGAAGAAUUGAAGAGGAAAGCAGAAUUACAAAAACAAAAGCAAACUGAAUCAUUGACUGAUUUUGGUAGGAUUGAGAAGGAAUUUUGGAAAUAUAAAAAAGAUAUUGCUGAUAUCAAGAAGGAUAUAGUGGAAAAGGUAAAUUCAAAUAAAGAAUUAAAGAAGAAUGUGAAUGCUUUUAGAAGAAAAAUGAACCCCAAAUUCGGACAGCUUUCAAAGUCCUUAAGACAAUGUAGAAAAGUAAGCAAUGAAGUAGUAGAAAUGGUGCAGAUGACAAAGAAUAUUGAUCUCGCAUAUAAAUGGGUCUUAAAUUUUAUUGCUAAGGCAAUAAUAGAUCAAGCAGAGACGGAAAUUAUAGUCCGCUCUGCUUCAGCAAUACCAUUAGCAAAACUAACAUAUACUUUAUUGACAACUUUCCCAGAAUUUGAUUAUUUUCUUACAGCAAGAUUUGUCAAGAAAUGCCCAUGUAUAAUUGGAUAUACUCGUCUGAUUGACACAGAAGAAGGACGUCAACAAAUGGGUUGGAAAAAGAAAGAUGAUAAAUGGGAAGAUUCUGCAGCAUAUGAUGAAAGAGUUUCCGGGAUAUGCACUCUAUGGGCAGUGAUGACUCGUUUGACUGAUUAUCAACAACUUCCACAUUAUUCUUUUGAAGCAUCUUGGCACUUCUUGGCCAGAAUUGCAAACACAAAUCGUCAACUACUAAUGAAUACCCAUUUUUCACUUUUAUGUAGUUGGUGGGAAGCUGCUGCUGUUCAAUUUUUACAAAAAUAUGGAAGACAGGGUGCUAAAUUGAUGUCACUUAUUUCUCAAGACUUAAUCUUACUGGUUGCAGAUAGGAAGUUUCCUUCUGCAACUAGAUUUAGCACAUUUGGUGACGAUUGGUCAGAAACUGGGAAACUCAACAGUAUUGCCGAAAUGGAUCCUUAA